CGCAGACCGGCCGUAUUCACCGACGCGUGACGCUGGAAUGACGGUGUGAUCGCUUCAUGCUGAUGAAGCGCUCCAGAAGCUGACGUUUGCAGUGGCAAGAGGACAACAAAUCUUUCACUGAUUUCGGAUAUUGGAACUGAAGACUCUUUGAAGCCUAUUAAAGUUUAAACUGAGCAUGCGGUUGCACAGCUUCGUUUCUGCAUUUGUUGAAGGUUGUCGUGUUUGAAAGCUCUCUAAGCUGCGCUUGCUUGGUGGGAGGGAUUUGAAAGAUUGGAGAGAGCGUUACGAAAUGGCACAUCAGAAGCAUGCACCUGGCGAGGUCAUCCUCUACAAUACAGCCCGGAGUUCUUGUUCCUGGAGAGUCAGGACCGGUCUGCAUUUCAAAGGGAUAAGAUACACAUAUGUGAACUGUGACAGGGCUGCGGGGGAGACAGCAACGCCAGAGUUCCUGGCGAUCAAUCCGAUGAAGCAACUCCCGGCGCUGCGCAUCGACGGCCACACUCUCUCCGAGUCAGUGGCGAUUCUAGAGUACUUGGAGGAGGUUUAUCCGGACCCGCCUCUCUUGCCGAAAGCUCCAGAGGACCGAGCGAUUGUACGUAAGUUGGUGGAGACGAUAAAUGCGGGGACGCAGCCUCUGCAAAACACCUACGUCUUGGAGACGCUCGUCGAGAUGUACGGACCAGGGGCUGACGUCAUGUGGGCGGAGAAGUGGAUCCGGAGGGGCCUCCAAGCUUUUGAGGACAUCAUCUCCAAGACGGCGGGCAAGUGCUGCUUCGGCGACUCCCUUACCAUGGCUGACGUCUUCCUCAUUCCGCAACUGUACAACGCACAUCAUCUCAAUAUCGAUCUCAGCGCUUAUCCCACUUGCCUGCGCAUCGAGAAAGACCUGGGAGCGCACGCCGCCAUCAAAAGCGGGAGGCCGGAAAAGCAGCCGCUCCCGCCGCACAAGCACUAGCCGGCGUUCCGCUUCCGUCACGUUCCGUUCCGUUUUGGCUGACCGACGCGGAGGACCGCUGCAGCGUUGCUGUUGUGACGUUCCACAUCAUCAAAGUUUGAACAAAAAGAGCUAGAGGCCAUGUUGUAGCUUGCGCACGCAACAACAGAGUUGCUGCCAGCAUGGCUGAUAAUGCUCGUGUUGAGGUCAAGUGUUUGAAAGGCACCCAUACCGACGGCUUUGCGAGAUAAUGCUCGACUCUGUCCAUUAAGUGAUUAAGUCGCUACAUAUUCUGCCGGCUUUGCGGAGCAGAAAAGCGUAGGCUUACUAGCUUGGUUGGCCCGCUUGGUCUUCAUGGUUUGUAAUGUCCAGGACAUUCGAUUUUAGCCAGCCCUCAGAGAGUGUACAUUAGCAGCCGGGGUGCAAAUCUCGAUCAGGACGGUCAUUAAGCCAGACGAAAGAUUGAGCCAGUUGCUGGCACGAUCCGAUCAAGAACCACGUGACUAUAACCCAGUUAGCGACCAUUUCCGAGCUUAGUUGUGUUCAUUGCAUGUAGGGGCGGCCGCGCGGGGUUGAACAGGACUCGCAAGCUCCCACGUCCAUUGAGGGCGCUGUUACGAAACUCAUUUGCUGACAAAGAGUACGCCGGGUAUCCCAUUUCAACUACUCAGGC